UCCCACCUUUUGCUAUUCAGUUUCAAUUUUGUUUCUUGUCUGUACGGAGAAAAGUUUCAUUUUGCAGUUUGUGUAUUUUUUUUCCCAUUGCUGAGUUGAAAAUCUGAUUAGGGAGAAUUAUUUAAAUGCCCCAAGAAAAUGAUUACAACCCUACAGAAAAAUCAAACUUAUGCUUUGAUUUUCCAUGUGUUAAUCACCCUAAGAAAGUAACAUUUUUAAAAACUGAAGCUUAAGACAAAUAGGUUAGGUUGCUGGAAAAGUACAGAAAAAACUGAUUCAUUAUCAGUACUGUUGCUGAUACCCUGUCCAUAUUAUAGUAAUAUAUAUUAAUAUCUUUUCUUAUGUAAGUAACAUACAGUUUGCCAUUCACAAUUUUAUUAUCUUACCAAUGUAGUUUACAAUAUUUCUGCAAGUAUCAAAAUUAAAGCAGAGUCACAACUUUUAAAGCUAUAGUAACAAAUUUAAUCUUUUUCAUUUUCUAAGACAGAGUCAAGUAGGUCUUCAAAAGUAUUCAAUUUGCAUUCAGAUACUUUAAGACUUGUUUUAAAGCAAGUAAAUUUUUUUCAUGUAGACAUACCAAUUUUCAUUAAUUGAUUUAGAAGCUAUCAUCUCAGAACGAAAUACCAUAACUGAAUUAAUACCAUAAAUUUUCAGUUAUCAAGUUUGUGCUAUUUAAAUGAAGUUCUUCUUACCUCUUGCUUCAGUCUUUAGCCUUGUCCUACAAAUUCCUUGUAAUGAACACUGCUAUAGUAGAAACCUUAAUCUUAUACAGAAAGUACACAAAUUAAUUAUUUUCCAAUUUCCACAUUUUCCAGUCCACAUUUAAAGAUUUCAAAGACUUAAGACUUUAAAACUUCCUUUGAAGAGAGUUUAUAGUUCAAGGGUACUAUUUUCUAUUUUUGAACAUGUCUUCUACACUUGAUGUGUUUUUUCCAGCAACUCUUCUCUUGAAGCAUCUGCAACAGAUGACCGUUGGCAAAGUAAGCCAGAACUUUAUAAACCAGAAGAUUGGAUAACCAAGAAAUGACUAAUCGAGAGUCCGCUGUACAUGUGAAAAUGAUGCCAGAAUUCCAGAAAAAUUCAGUUCGCAUCAAGAACCCUACAAAAGUAGAAGAAAUUAUCUGUGGACUUAUCAAAGGAGGAGCUGCCAAACUUCAGAUAAUAACAGACUUUGAUAUGACACUCAGUAGGUUUUCCCACAAAGGGAAAAGAUGCCCAACAUGUCACAAUAUCAUUGACAACUGUAAACUGGUUACAGAUGAGUGUCGGGAAAAGUUAUUGAAACUAAAGGAAAAGUAUUAUGCCAUUGAAGUUGAUCCUGGUCUUACUGUAGAACAGAAGUACCCUCAUAUGGUGGAAUGGUAUAAUAAAUCACAUCGUUUGCUUGUUGAACAAUCUUUACCAAAAGCUAAACUUAAAGAAAUUGUGGCAGAAUCUGAUGUUAUGCUCAAGGAAGGAUACGAGAAUUUCUUCGAUAAGCUCCAACAACACAGUAUCCCAGUGUUCAUAUUUUCAGCUGGUAUCGGUGAUGUACUAGAGGAGGUUAUCCGUCAAGCUGGUGUUUAUCAUCCAAAUGUCAAAGUUGUGUCCAACUUCAUGGAUUUUGAUGAAAAUGGAGUACUCAAAGGAUUUAAAGGAGAACUAAUUCAUGUGUUUAACAAACAUGAUGGUGCCUUGAAGAAUACAGACUAUUUUAAUCAACUAAAAGACAAUAGCAACAUAAUUCUGCUGGGAGACUCUCAGGGAGACUUAAGAAUGGCAGAUGGAGUAGCCAAUGUUGAACACAUUCUGAAAAUUGGAUAUCUAAAUGAUAGAGUGGAUGAGCUUUUAGAAAAGUACAUGGACUCUUAUGAUAUUGUUUUAGUGCAAGAUGAAUCACUGGAGGUAGCCAACUCUAUUUUACAGAAGAUUCUAUAAACAAGCAUUCUUCAAGAAGACCUCUCUCCCAUGGGUGCAAUUGAUGCAAGAACUGCUCAUCUGUUCAUCUUGCUGAAAGACUCUUAUUUAUAAUACAUCCUUAUUCUUGAAGUUUUCCUUUUACAUAACUGAAGUAUUUUCAGACAUGUUGAAUCCACCAACUGGAAGCUCAUUUUUCUCCACCUCUCUCAACACACUCCUCACUAUAUUUUUUAACCGAUUUUAAAAAAAAAAAAUCUUAAAGCCAAAAUUAGAAAAAUAACUCCUUACUUUUCCAAAAUGAGUUUUGUAGUUUAAUGUUAUCAUGUUUUUGAGGAGUCUUUUUACACCAGGAAAUUUUGUCAAAAUUUAAAAAGAUGUAUUAUGAAAUAAUGUGCAUGAUUUUAAAUAUUGCCAUGUUUGUAAUUUGGGUUACUGUGCUGAUGGUAUCACCGUCUCUUGAAAUUGUGUUAUGUUUGGUUACUUUGGGGUCAAUCAAUAUUUACCAGAAAAGACUGGUACUUAGUGUUGGAAAAAGUUGGUGUUCACAAUGUCACUAAUCACUAUAAAACGUUCUGUACUGAAGCACUGAUAACAAAUAUGAAAUGAAAAGCCUUUUUAAUUCUGUUGUCAA